ACGACAACGACUACGUCUGGCCGUGCCUAUCUAUUCUGCAGCCAGGUCUACAUACUUCCAGGCUCGAUUGUUCAUCGGUCCUUCAUUAGUCGGUUGCGUCUCGACAUUGAGUCAUCCUGGGUAGAAUCACUGCUUGGUCUUCCAAGUGGUGUGGUUUUCUUGCUGCUCCGUACCUACCAUUUCACGUCCGACUCUUUAACUCCAGGCCCGUUUCGACACACGACGCGAGAGAUUCUGGUAAGAAUGCCAUCUUCGACCAGUGACGUGUCAGACAAGCAGUCCAACACUUCUACUCUGUCUCAGAGCCCAUCACAAACGUCGUCAAGCAUUCUGUUUUCAACAGACAGGGUCGCCCUCAUUGAUAUACCAACUUCCAUCGCCGAUGCCCAGCAAUCUUGUCCUUGCGUUCCAACCUCAUCUCUAAUAUCAUGCAAUCCUCUUACCUCUCCGUACCCCAACCAUGAACCAAAAUCUGAAGCUGCGCGCGACAAGCUGCGCCAGAAGAUGGCAACCGAGAACGACAACUUAUACGCCGAUCUGAUCUCUUCUGCCCUGGCCCUCGUCCGCAAAAGCUACACCGGCCCUUGGUUUCUUCCGCGUACUGUCGUCUCGCAGGACGACCAGCCUCUAUCAAAGAAGCGUAAAGUCGGUGACACGUCGUCCGAUAUCGAGUCAGUCAGGGAUGACUUGUUGCACCAGCUCUCCUCAAAUCCACAGUCCUGCUCCUUUAACUGGAGAGACAUGAAAGACCAGCAGCGUGCGAGUGAACCCCUGCCUGAAACUUCCCUCUGGCCGAAGUACCUUCACAACCCAUCGAAUGUUGCUCGUAUCCUUGAGAUCGCACCGACUCCCCUGCGAGCUCCUGCCAGCUUCUACAUUCCGCCAGGAGCCGCGUUCUAUCUCGGCGAUUGCUCUGCUUCGCGCUCCUUCCACAUGGCCGUCAAGGACGUUGCUGAGCAACUUGAGACUUCUCGAUCAUUUGACGUAAUUGUGAUGGAUCCUCCUUGGCCUAACGCUUCCGUCAGGCGCACUGAGAAAUCGGGAAGGUCAGCCUAUCAAGUCUCCCCCACAGUAUGGGAUGUUAGGCAAUUGAUCUUCGAGAUGGACAUUGAUGUUCUCCUGGCCAACCAAGGUGUGAUUGCCAUUUGGAUCACCAACAAACCAGCGGUGCGAGAACUUGUACUUGGCGAGGACGGCCUAUUCGACAGCUGGGACGUGCAGCUAGAAGAAGAAUGGUUGUGGAUCAAGACAACAGCCGAUGGUGAGCCUGUCUCGUCUCUGGACGCUCUUUGGAGGAAACCGUAUGAAGUCCUCCUUGUCGGGCGGAAAUAUGACCCAAGAGGCAGUGAUCAACACGUCAAGUUAACCGACCAUUCCAAGGUUGAGCGAAAGGUGAUCGUCGGUCUUGCUGAUCUGCAUUCAAGGAAGCCAUGCUUGAAAUCGCUGUUUGAACGCUUCGCGAUCUGCCCCACGUCGACAUCAACAAAACAACGUGUUCUCGAGUGCUUUCCGAGGUAUCUCGUGAGUGGUUGGUGGUCGUGGGGCAACCAGGUCCUCAAAUUCAAUCAUACCGACUGUUGGCAAUCUAAGACUUAGAUCUAGCCAAGCGUCAUCGUCAUACUCCGUAUCGUUUCUAAAAGCAUCAUUCCCGUAGACGGAUAUGGAUCACGACACGAGCAUACGAGCUUCCUUCCCGAGUCGACUUUCUUCAAUUACCUUCUCGCCUGUUGAGCAUUCUCGCCAAGUCUCAAAUUUUACUAGCUACCCUAGUCCAAGCUCCGGCAUGGGUCCGACUUCUCAGGAUGCGCAGAGUUACAUUGGAUGUGCUCAACAUCCAUCGCUCCACGUGAAUGGUGGUAAUGCUCUAGCUAUCUGCUGGCCUAUCGCAAAUCCAACGCUUGCAUCGCAUCAUAAGUCCACUUCCCUAUCUCGUACAUACGUGCACGCAAACUCAAGCUAUUACCACAUCGUCAUCUCCUUUCGAAUGCAC